AUGGGGGAGCCUAGCAGAGCUGGGGGGUGGCCAGGGGUUCUGGAGAUUUCAGGGAUCUCAGAUCCCCUGGGGGUCCUGCAGACCUCAGAGCCCUUGGGGGUCUCAGAGCCCUCAGGGGUCCUGCAGCCCCUGGGCACCUCAGAGCCCUCAGGGGUCUUGGGGGUCUCAGAUCCCCCGGGGGUCCUGCAGCCCCUGGGCACCUCAGAGCCCUCAGGGGUCUUGGGGGUCUCAGAUCCCCCGGGGGUCCUGCAGCCCCUGGGUACCUCAGAGCCCUCAGGGGUCUUGGGGGUCUCAGAUCCCCCGGGGGUUCUGGAUCCCUUGGGGGUCUCAGAUCCCUCGAGGGUCCUGCAGCCCCUGGGUACCUCAGAGCCCUCGGAGCCCUCGGGGGUCUCAGAUCCCCCGGGGGUCCUGCAGCCCACGCCGCCCCCUGAGCUGCUGGAGGGGCUUCUGAGCCAGCGCUUCGGGCCCCUGCCCCGGCCGGUCACCAUCGCCCGCCUGCGGCGCGGCCCCGACGGGGGCUACGAACCCACCGGAGACCCCACGGAGGUGCUGGAGCGGCGGCAGGCAGCCAAUGCCAAGGAGAGGGAGAGGAUCCGGAAUCUCAACAGUGGCUUCUCCCAGCUGCGGACCCUGGUGCCGCUGGUGCCGCGGGACCGUCGGCCCAGCAAGGCGGACACGCUGCGGGCAGCAGCACAGUACAUCCGACUGCUGCGGGGGGUGCUGCGGGACUGCCAGGAACCCAGCACUGAGCAAGAGCUGGGGGGACACUGCAGGGGUGACCCUGGGGGGCCACCUGACAGCUGGCCUGGCAGUGCCCCCGUGCCCGUGGGGACCUCGCCUCCUGCCCCCCCAGCCUGGGGCCCUGCUGGAGAGGGGGGGGACGGCUUUUUCUGACAUCCCUAAAAAUUCCGGGGGGCCUCCACCGACGCUCAAGUUCAAGGCUACAGCCCCCAUUUUCCGGAUCACGCCACUGUCCCUGGAGCCCUACACCUCAUGAAACCCUCACCCCAAAAUUAGGGAAGAGGGUCCGUCACCCCUAAAGCGUGGAGGUUCGGGGGGGAGGGGCGUGCAGAGCUGUAAUUAAUUGCUUUAUGAAAUUGUAAUUAGUAAUUAGCUGCUCCUCCCACGCCCUCCCAGGUAAGGGCUUAUUAACGAUUGUUAAUA